CGACGCUGCUGGCCGUGGCGGCUAGCUGGACCCGCGCCCCGCCUCAGCGCCCGGGGGUCAUGCAGCAGAGAGGAUGAGCCAGAGGGACACGCUGGUGCAUCUGUUUGCCGGGGGAUGCGGUGGCACAGUGGGAGCUAUCCUGACAUGUCCACUGGAGGUUGUGAAAACACGACUGCAGUCAUCAUCUGUGACGCUCUACAUCUCUGAAGUUCAGCUGAACACCAUGGCUGGAGCCAGUGUUAACCGAGUGGUAUCUCCUGGUCCUCUCCACUGCCUAAAAGUGAUCCUGGAAAAAGAGGGGCCUCGCUCUUUGUUUAGAGGAUUGGGCCCCAAUUUAGUAGGGGUGGCCCCUUCUAGAGCCAUAUACUUUGCUGCUUACUCAAACUGCAAGGACAAGUUGAAUGGUAUUUUUGAUCCUGAGUCUACCCAGGUACACAUGAUUUCAGCUGCCAUGGCAGGUUUUACUGCCAUCACUGCCACCAACCCCAUUUGGCUCAUUAAGACUCGGUUACAGCUCGAUGCAAGGAACCGUGGGGAAAAGCAAAUGGGUGCUUUUGAAUGUGUUCGUAAAGUAUAUCAAGCAGAUGGACUGAGAGGGUUUUACAGGGGCAUGUCUGCUUCAUAUGCCGGCAUAUCGGAGACUGUUAUCCACUUUGUUAUUUAUGAAAGCAUAAAGCAGAAACUCCUGGAAAGGAAGACUGCUUCUGUGAUAGACAGUGACGAAGAGUCUGUGAGGGAAGCAUCCGACUUUGUGAGAAUGAUGUUAGCUGCUGCCACCUCAAAGACUUGUGCCACAACUGUAGCAUAUCCACAUGAAGUUGUAAGAACAAGACUACGUGAAGAAGGAACAAAAUACAGAUCAUUUUUUCAGACACUGUCUUUGAUUGUUCAAGAAGAGGGCUAUGGGUCUCUCUACCGUGGUCUAACAACUCACCUGGUGAGACAGAUUCCAAAUACAGCCAUUAUGAUGGCCACCUAUGAAUUGGUGGUCUACCUACUCAAUGGAUAGCACAUGGGCUGCUGUGCUACUGCAAGGGAAGACCAAAAGAUCACAGAGGACCAUGGAAUGUCAGAGCCAGCAUGGUGGACAGAAGAAAAGUAGCUUGGGAACAUGCUUCAGUGAAGUUUGGUUGUAGGAAUAAGGUGACUGUACCACAUUACCUAGGUUUUCAGUAAUGUGAGCAAGCUCUGGGCGACCUCUAAGGAAAUGCUUUAAGAAGCAUUCCUUUCUCAAAAUUGCCAUUUUCUCUACCAUGUUGACCAGAUGUGGUUGUAUUUUAUUAAUUUAUGGCAUU